AUGCUUGUACCGCCAGCUAAUUUUGGAAUUGCCGAAGAAGGGAUUUAUCGUUGUUCCAAGGUGGAAACCUUGAACUUGUCAUUUAUAGAGACUCUUAGCCUGAAAUCGGUAGUGUACAUUGGCGGUCAAGAACCUUCAAAGUUCUUCAAAGAGUUUUUCAAUAGAUCGUCCAUUGAAUGGAGCGUCAUAAGGAUAGCAGACAUAUCAACUGCUGGAGCCCCCAUAAAUAAUGAUAAUAACCCAGGAUCGAAUGAGGCAGAGGAUUUGCACGCCACACAGAAAGAGGAAAAGAAGAGCAGCACGAACAUUACUAAGUCAACGUCACUUGCUAAGUACCCAAAUAGAAAUCCUGACUCGGUUGCGAAUGAAGGUAACAGGGCUAGUAGGAACGACGAUUUGAUUAAUUUGAAUAAGAUGGGGGACUCAACGUAUAGCUUGAACGACAGAAAUGACCUGAUGCUUAUUAAGAGCUCGUGUUUGAAAAAGACCUUUCGCAAGUUAUUAGAUUGCCAAAAUUAUAACAUCUUAUUGAUAGACAAAACUGCCCUGAUUAUUGGCAUUCUUCGAAAGAUACAAAAAUGGAGCAUAUCAUCUAUUAUAAACGAGUACAGGCUAUACUCCGGGAAAAAUCGCUCUUACUUUGCAGAAACUUUUUUAGACCUUAUUGAUAUAGCCGUGGAACAAGAUCAAGAAGAUAUUCGGCAAGCCCUAGCGGGGAAAACUGUGAGGAUAAAUAACACUGAAAACUUAGCAGUUGAUCCGAUAGCAGAGGAAAGGCAAAGGAAAUUAUCUAAUGUAAUCGUUGUAUCAGAGCACGACCUAUCCGACCCUCCCCAGGUACCUCAUCGUUUGUUAAAAAUGGUGGAGGAAGCAGAAAAGAAUGAACGACUGAAUUUGACAAAUGGUGAUCUUGUCAGUAGUAUAUCCGCAGGAAUGCAAAGAAGUACCUCAAAUCUGGGCAUAUUUGGUCACCGAUAUAGAUUGGCUUUCAACGGGAAAGAAAAUGGCCGGUAUAACUACUACAAAAGCCCGAAUACAAAGGCAGAUGCAUUAACUUUACAAAUACCGCGAGAGGCAAAUCUACCUUCGUGGUUCACAUAUCAGAGAGAUUUGUGGGAAAAGGAGAACGUUCCUAAUGUUCACCAUUUUUAUAAAGAGCACAUUUUUACAUAA